AGCCAGGAUCGACCCGGAAGGACGGAGUGUUUGCGAUCUUGCUGCCCCUCCCCUGGUCCCGGCGCUCCUCACGGGGCCUGGCCGGGGUGCUGCGAGGGCCCCGGGAGGUUGAAGGGCUAAGCAUGGGGAAGAGCUGCAAGGUGGUCGUGUGUGGCCAGGCAUCUGUGGGCAAAACAUCAAUCCUGGAGCAGCUUCUGUACGGGAACCAUGUAGUGGGCUCUGAGAUGAUUGAGACGCAGGAAGACAUCUACGUGGGCUCCAUUGAAACCGACCGGGGCGUGCGGGAGCAGGUGCGUUUCUAUGACACCCGGGGGCUCCGAGAUGGGGCCGAGCUGCCCCGGCACUGCUUCUCCUGCACUGACGGCUACGUCCUGGUCUACAGCACAGACAGCCGAGAGUCUUUCCAGCGUGUGGAGCUGCUCAAGAAGGAAAUCGACAAAUCCAAGGACAAGAAGGAGGUCACCAUCGUGGUCCUCGGCAACAAGUGUGACCUGCAGGAGCAGCGGCGCGUGGACCCAGAUGUGGCUCAGCAUUGGGCCAAGUCGGAGAAGGUGAAGCUGUGGGAGGUCUCCGUGGCUGACCGCCGCUCGCUCCUGGAGCCCUUCGUCUACCUGGCCAGCAAGAUGACCCAGCCCCAGAGCAAGUCCGCCUUCCCCCUCAGCCGCAAGAAUAAGGGCAGCGGCUCCUUGGAUGGCUGAAGAGCUGCCAUCCCUUCUUCACCUUCCCAACCUCAGUCCAGCUUUAGGGGCUUUGGAAGAUGAGUUGAGGGGAAAGGGGAAACUCUCCACGAGGCCAGGCAGCUGGGCUGUCCAAGGCUCAGGCCACUUUUGCUCCCCCCCCCAACUCCGGGAAGUGCAAAUAAUCUAGGUUAGUGUCCCCAACCUCUUUCUCCACCCCAGCUUUCAUUAUAUCUGCCCCACUGUGGCCUGGGGCAGUUGUGGGUUGGUGUCCCUUCCACCUGCCUUGCAUGGGAAGUAUAGCUACCAUGCAGAAGUAAGUACCCAGUCUAGGUCUGGUUCCAAUCACGGGUCCCACACUUCUAGUCUUCUGUCGAUCACACACACAACCCACACUUCCGGUACCAGGCUGGACUCUAGAGAAAGGGCAUCCGGGUAUUGUGUAUGCGAGUGCAUGCUGGUGUUAGGGGUGUGUCCAUAGCCAGCACUCUGCCCUUUCUCCUGUCUGUACCUUGGCUGGUAGAAGCCAGACUCCUGGGAAGUAUGAUUUUCUGUUUGACCUCUUCCCCCAAUUGUUUCGCUUCCUCUUCCUGCUCAGUGAGCAGAUGGGUCUCAUUGGUUGAAGUGGAAUGGAAUGAUGACUACGAUGUUACCAACUGGCUUCGUGACCCAGCAAGGCCUUUCCCCUCUCUGAGGUUUAGUUUUCUCAUCUGUUAAGGUGACAGGAGUUGCUGAGAUGACCUCCUGGAUCUCCUCCAGCCCUAUGAUUUCAUAAUGCCCAUGGCUCUGGGCCGGCUAUGACUGUACCCUCUGCUUUUCCCUCUUCAAGGUGCUAUGCCUACUGGCCCUGGAGGCUGGGACACUACUCUUUGCCAACCACCAGGGGGCAGGAACUCACUAUCUGCUGUAGUUGCCAGAAUGGCUGCUCUGUGCCCAAUGGGGAACCUCACACCCUUGGGGGCUGGUCUUCACCCCUUCCUGUGGUUGCUUUCAGCUAAUAGCUGGACUUUAUUUAUAAAUUACCUGUUAUAAAUUCAUAUGCUGCCAUG